AUGGCGAGCGUCUGUUCCAUGUGUACUCGAAGUCAAUUUCAAAAAAGACUCUGCAAUCCUCGUUAUUCCAUUUAUUCAUUCUUUAUUAAUCCUUCUAAAUUCUUCUUUAGUAACUGCGCGAUUAUCUACAAUUUACAUUAUCAAAAAUCUAAUAAUGCACUUUGUCAAUUUUUCAGUAAAAAUCACCACAUAGCAACUGGCUCGAGAAGUCAAAUUCUACAACAAGAACCUUUUAAUUUAUUUUCUGGCUUGCAUAAUAUAGCACCUGUAUUUUACUUGAGGGGAGAGCAAAUCGUAAUAUUGGAUAAUCCUAAGGAAUUUUAUGAGGAGCUGAAGAGUCGAAUACUAUCUGCCAAAAGACGCAUAUUCCUGGCGGCUCUUUACAUUGGGCCCACUGAAAAAGAAUUGGUAGGAUUUCCAUGUAAAAAAAACUCUGGGUGUGGAAUACCAACGGUCAACACAAUCAGAGAGGCUCUUAAGAAAUCAUCUCAACUAAAUGUUCAUAUCCUAGUCGAUUAUUUACGUUCGACGCGUGUUGAACUGCAGGGUGACGGUGAAUCUUCAGUGACACUUUUAUCACCAUUGGUUGAAGAAUUUCCCGAUCAAGUGACCGUUUCAUUGUAUCAUACGCCUAAUCUCACCGGAAUUUUAAAGCAAGUCAUGCCGUCGAGAAUCAAUGAAGGAAUCGGUUUGAUGCAUAUUAAAGCAUUUGGUUUUGAUGAUGAUCUCAUAUUGAGUGGGGCCAAUCUAAGCCAUGAUUAUUUUACGAAUCGACAAGAUAGAUACAUGAUUGUUAAAAGCGUGCCUGCUAUCACUGAUUAUUUCGCUGAACUUUUACAAACAAUCGGAAAAUUCUCAUACACUUUGUCAUUGAAUACAAUUCAAAACAAAUUUAAUAUCAACUGUUUCGAUGUUCCUGAUCCAAUCACCAAUAGCAAAGUUUUCAAAAAACGCAGCUCGUAUAUGAUGAAAGAGUUCAUAAAUAAAUGGAUUGAUUUCACAAGAAAACACCAAAAUGAAAUUGACACGGAAUUCGACACGAUUAUCUUUCCGGUAACUCAAAUGGCUCCAUUGAACAUCCGACAAGAUGAACGGGCGACUCUCUGCGUAUUAGACUCGAUCGAGAAAAAUGGGCGACAAAAAAUGAAUGAAAACGAUUUAUGGACCGUGAUUUUUUCUUCUGGGUAUUUUAAUUUCAGCAAAAGAUAUAAAGAAAAGAUUUUGGAUACUAAUGCAAAAUUUCGAUUGUUGGCUGCAGCGCCAGAGGCCAAUGGAUUUUUCCGCUCAAAAGGAAUUUCAAAAUAUAUCCCGCCCGCAUAUACUUUAUUUGAAAAACAAUUUUAUGAUGAAGUUCGCCAACGUGGCAAAGAGGAUAUAAUAAAGAUCAUGGAGUAUAAUCGUCCGGCGUGGACAUUCCACGCUAAAGGCUUAUGGUGCUAUACUAAUGGAGAAACACGUCCAAGUCUCACAAUGAUUGGGUCACCAAAUUAUGGGUAUAGAUCCACUGAGCGAGAUCUUGAAGCGGAAAUUAUUAUUAUAACUAAAAAUGCUUCAUUGAAAGAAGAUUUGCAUCGGGAAUCUUCACGACUUUCCGAACACACAGAAGCAGUUAAUGCAGAAACGUUCCAAAGGCCUGAAAGAAAAGUUCCAUAUCUCAUUAGAGUUGCCACUUCUAUUAUUAAGACUAUGUUGUGA